AUGCUGAUUUCUCCGAGACUUGCAGCACCGGCCGCCUCUUGGACCUCCCCUUCCUCCACUCUCAGCACCACCACGCCCACACGUCCAGGGAUCCGCGGUCGGAGACGAAGCGGUUUCCACACACCGGCCGACACGGCUUCCCGUCACCACCGCGACCGUAGCCGCCUGGCGCUCCGCUUCGCAUACCGCGUACCCUCCGCCUCUGUCACGAGUACCAGCUCACCGGAGCCCAUCGAUUCCCGAUUCGACAGCGAAGAGCUCGGUCUGCUGUGCCGAGAACCCAACCCGGAGGCCGCCGUUAGCUUGCUCGACCAAUUGCUCCAACGAGGCAGCGCCGAACAACUCGAGCCGGAGGAGCAGGCCGCGCUCCUCCAGGCCUGCGCCGACACGCGGUCGCUGGCCUCGCUCAGGCGCGUCCACCGCCUGCUCUCGUCCAGGCUGAGCUCCUCGAUCCCCGCGCCCGUCCUGCACAGGAUCGCCACGCUGUACCUCAAGCUCGGCGCCCGCAGCGACGCGCGGCGAGCCCUCGAGGAGCGGCCGAGGCGGCCGUCUCCGGCGAAGGAGGAGGACGCGGCGGUCCAGGCCAAGCGGCGGGAGGCGUACGCGAAGGUGCGGGAGCUCCACGCGCAGAUCCGCGCGGCAGGGUACGUGCCGGACACGCGCCACGUGCUCCACGACAUUGACGAGGACGCCAAGGCCCGCGCGCUCAUGUACCACAGCGAGCGCCUGGCCAUCGCGUUCGGGCUGGUGAGCACGCCGCUGGGGACGCAGCUCCGGGUCAUGAAGAACCUCCGCAUCUGCGGGGACUGCCACAACGCCGUCAAGCUCAUCGCCAAGGUCACCGGCCGCGAGAUCGUCGUCAGGGACAACAAGCGCUUCCACCAUUUCAAGGACGGCGCCUGCUCCUGCGGAGACUACUGGUGA